UACUUAUGCCUGCUGGUUGCCAUGGUGAAUGAUGCUGAUCUGAAGAAAUGAAUAGUGUGAGCGUUGGGGGCGGCAGUGGGAUUACUCAGACGGUGGUGAGAGAGACAUCAAGGAGAGCCCAGAGCAGAGGAGGAAAGGCAUCAUUCCCUUAGCUCGGGUCCACCCUGCCUCUGAAGGCUACGCUCUAACUGGCAUCAGCACACACGCAUCAGGAUCAGGAUGGAAAUCGAGGUGUGGAACCUUUCUUCUUCGAGAGCCAUCGUUUCCUGGAAGCCCUUGGAGCCCUGCCAGGAGGACCAUUACAAUGUCAUGUACAGGGCCAACUGGAACAACAUCUUCACCGGCUACAUUCGCAACAGCUUCCACUAUGAGGAGAAGGUGCCUCGAACCGUCAGCAGGGUGGCCCUCGAGCAUCUCGCCCCUUCCACUUUCUACUUCCUGUGCGUCAGCUGCAAGAAGAUUACCUACCCCCACAAGCAUCACUGCACCAUGUUCUACACCCCGGAUAAGAACCCGCUGGUUCCCAGAGGCUACCUGGUAAACCCCCAGCUCUCCCUGUGGGUCCUGCUGGCCAUUCUGCUGGCCUGCUUCACGGCUGUGCUUGCUUUCAUCUGCCUCCAGUACUGGUGCAUCCGCUGCCAUGUGCCACGCUGGUCUUACAGAGAGCCCCACCUAAUGGAAGCCAAUGGGCUGGUGAGAUGGCCGCGGGACGGCCCCGCUCUUGAUCAGGAGGAGGAAGACCAGCAGGGGGUCCCCCUGGUGGAAAUGCCACGCAGAGAUUCAGGAGCUGGAGUGGAACCGGAGGCCGAAGCCGCAGCCGACGCCGCAGCUGCAGCUGAUGCAGAUGCCGAAGACGACCCGGAUGCCCCCGACGCAGGUGCCCCCCAGAGGGAGGGUGGUGGCCAACCUGGCAUUCUGCCUCAUUUUGAGGGGUGAGAGGUGGGGAGGAGGCAGCCCCUAAUCUGUGGCAUCAAGCCCUCCACACAGGAGUUCCUUUGUAAAAAUGUGUCCAUAGACUUUCCAUGUCUCCCCGCAAAUUCAGUGUUCUUGUGGAUCACCUGGCUCAGCGACCACACUCCUCAAGCCGGAGGACUCACCCCAUGCUGUGCUCCAGGAGAAGCAUGGCCUCUCACGGGGGGGCCCAGUGGGGGCUGGUGCAGUUAGAAAUAUAAAAACCUAUUUUAACAUGAAAACGAAUGUGAAUACCUUACAAUGUAGAAAGUGAAAUGUGCAUGACUUGACAAAACACAGGACUUCAGGGGAGCUGUGGAGGUGAAGACGGGCUCGUGAGCUACGCGGCCAGUCAGCUUCAGGCCGAAGCCCAGCCUCUGCUUUGGGGAGGCUGUUUUGGAAAAGUGGACGAAGGCUCACCCCAGCCUGUUUUCCAACUUUCAGGCAAUCACAUACCACCUCAGACAUUACUUUUGUUUUGUUUUUUAAGCCAGAUACCAUCUUUACUGUUCUUAGCAAAUAGUUUUAAAUUGACUCGUGUUUUAAAACUUAAACUUAUUUUAAAAGGAAGCUGUACAUGAAUCCAAACACGAAUACUGACACCCUCUCGCCAUAAAGAGAUAUAAGGAUAAAUAGAAAUAAAAUAAAAUAAUAAAUCUGACCUAGAUACUACUGCCUACUAAAGACUCCAAGUUUAAAGCCUGCUUUCUAUUCUUCGAUAAAAGGGGAGAUUAGUAAGCAUUGAAGUACGAAAGACCUAUUAGCACCAAUAUGGAGUCUGUCUCCUCGAUAUAACCAACGAGGUUUGAAAGAGAAGUGGAAAGGGAGGUGUUCUUACUUUGUGAGUCCCUGGGAUUUAAUGCUGUGGCUGUGAACCAUCUAAAAUGCUGUGAGUCGGCGCCGCGAUGAGAACGUUGCCUGGACCAGACUGCCUGUUCUGGAGAAGACACCUCCCAGCACCGCCUGAGCCCUUCUAAGCCCCACCUCUAGGCCUGACUGGGGGGAACGCAUCUGGGUUCACCACCCUUCCUAACCCCGGGCUCCCAGCCCAGAGGACCACCUUUCCUAACAAGGCCAUGUUUCUCCAGUCGGUUCCUCUUCUAAGUUCAUCGGAAAAUGGGGUCAAAGGUGGCCAUUUUAUUUGUUGUUGACACACCUCACCACUUCAGUGGCAUUCUUCAGUCCUCCCUUAACCCCCUGGGG